AUGAAGUCGUCGUUUCAGUUUGCGAAUAAUACUUCAUAUACGCUACCUUUUGAGACUCGCAAGCCCAUUGCUCGCGUGGCCGUGUCGCCAUCUAACUUGAACCUGGUGCUUGUUGCCGACGAAGACGGCCACGCACUUCUGAUCAAUGUGGCACGCCGAGCACUGCUUGCGCACAUGAAUUUUAAGCUGCCUGUGCGUGAUGCCCAAUUUUCUCCGAAUGGUCAGUUUUUGGCCGUCACACACGGUAACCAAGUGCAAGUAUGGCGCACACCUAGUAUUUUUGUGCGCGAGUUCGCUCCUUUUGUACUCCAUCGCACAUAUGUGGGUCACUUUGAUGAUGUAUUAAGUAUUACCUGGUCACGGAAGGGCCGCUUUUUCCUGACGACGUCCAAGGACAUGAGUGCUCAUCUCUUCAGCCUCGACCCGAUAGACGGUUUUCGGCCCAAAACGUUCACUGGUCACCGUGAUUCUGUACUGCGUGCAUUCUUCUCGCUGGACGAAAAGACUAUAUACACAGUGUCCCGUGACGGUGCCUGUCUUGUGUGGCAAGGGAAAGACGACGAGGAGCAUGCAUGGGGCGAGGGCGUCGCUGAAGACCCAGACAAUACUGUCGGAUUCACGCGAUGGGGCGUCGCAUCGCGCCACUAUUUCCACCAACUCAAUACACAAGUCACUUGUGCGGACUUUAAUCCGGGAACAUCGCGUCUCGUGGUGGGUUUCUCAUCGGGACUGUUUUCUCUGCGCGACAUGCCUGACUUUACAGAGGUACACGCACUCAGUAUCAGCCAGGAAAAGAUAACGAGCGUGGCUAUCAAUCCUACGGGUGAAUGGAUUGGCUUUGGUGCCCAGCGUCUGGGCCAAUUGCUCGUAUGGGAAUGGGCCAGUGAAUCUUACAUUCUAAAGCAACAAGGCCAUUUCUAUGACAUGAACGCUGUCGCAUUUGCUCAUGAUGGUCAAAUGGCUGUAACAGGCGGCGAUGACGGAAAGGUGAAAAUCUGGAACACCAAUUCGGGUUUCUGCACCGUGACCUUCACCGAUCAUUCUGCGCCGGUCACCUGUGUGGAGUUUGCCAAGCAAGGCCAAGUCCUCUUCAGUGCCUCGAUGGACGGCACUGUACGUGCGUAUGACCUGAUCCGGUACCGUAAUUUCCGCACAUUUACCAGUCCCAAUCCUGUCCAAUUUAUAAGUUUGGCGGUGGAGCCAAGCGGCGAAGUGGUGUGUGCCGGCAGCUCCGACGCGUUUGAUACCUACAUGUGGAGUGUCCAGACAGGCAAACUCCUGGAAAUUUUGUCAGGGCACGAGGCACCUGUGACAGGCUUGGCCUUUGACCCCAGUGGGAGUGGUCUUCUUGCGAGCACCAGCUGGGACCGAAGUGUACGGCUGUGGGAGGUAUUCCGUCGCAGCCAGAACACGGAGUCGAUGCCGCUUUCCUCCGAGGGCCUGACGCUGGCUUUCCGACCAGAUGGACUGGAGGUCUGUGUGGCCACCCUGGACGGCCAGUUGAGCUUUUUUGACACAAAGCACGGACGCCACACGGGUGUGAUAGACUGUCGCCGCGAUAUCGCCGGUGGGCGACGCCUGGACGACAAGGUUCAACGGCGCAACAACGCGGCAGGAUCAGCUUUCACGAGUGUUUGCUACAGUGCAGAUGGCUCGUGCGUGUUGGCCGGUGGCAAUGCGAACUAUGUCUGCCUCUAUGACGUGCGUGAGCGCGUACUUCUCAGGCGCUGGACACUGAGUCUCAACCUUUCUUUGGAUGGUACACAGGACCGUCUAGACUCGCGCCAAGUCACUGAAGCUGGAAACGUGGAGCUCCUGGAUGACAGAUCCGACGAAGAUGAGCUCACACUGGCGGAGCGUGCGGACAAAAGCCUACCGGGUGUGCAACGCGGCGAUCUCAGUAAGCGAUCUACACGGCCGCAGGCGCGCUCCAAAUGUGUGCGUUUUUCGCCGACAGGUCGGAGCUGGGCGGCGGCCUCGACCAGUGGCCUGCUCAUCUACAGUCUCGAUGAAUAUGCCACCUUUGAUCCGAGCGAUCUCGAUCUGGAACUGACGCCCCAAGCGGUCCGUGCUGCAUCACUCCAGGGCCAUGCUCUGGUAGCCCUUCUGGGCGCGCUUCGACUGAACGAUCCAGUCCUGGAGGCCGAGGUGUAUGAGCGGACGAAGGUGCAUGAAGUGCCCCUGGUAGUGAAACAGCUGCCACCGAUGUAUUUGCCGCGUGUACUCGGUCUCGUCGCUGCGCGGCUGCAUCCCAGCAGUCAGAGCCCACACGUUGAGUUCCAUCUUGCGUGGCUCACAUCCUUGUUCCAGCUGCAUGGCGAGACUAUUCGGGCGCAUAGCGCCACUACCUAUGCGCCUGUGUUGCGGGCUGUCCAAAUGGCACUGAAUGAAUUGCGCGCCAAUGUCAAGACGACGACAGACCAGAACACGGCGUCCAUCUUAUACAUUUGGAAUGCCUUCUCGCAUCGGCAGAUCUCUGAUGCGAUAUAG